CCAUAAUACAUUUCGCUACACAUUCAACUUCCUCUUUCAAAUUGCCGUCAACAUGGCUAACCCAAUAAGUAAAAAACGGAAGUUUGUUGCUGAUGGAGUUUUCAAAGCAGAAUUGAACAACUUCCUGACUAGGGAACUAGCUGAAGAUGGAUACAGUGGUGUUGAAGUCAGAGUAACCCCAACACGAACAGAAAUUAUUAUCCUGGCCACAAGAACACAAAACGUUCUUGGUGAGAAAGGUAGACGUAUCCGAGAACUGACAUCGGUCGUACAGAAAAGAUUCAACUUUCCUGAAGGCACAGUUGAGUUGUAUGCUGAGAAGGUUGCACAAAGAGGGUUGUGUGCUAUUGCCCAAUGUGAAUCACUUAGAUACAAACUUAUUGGUGGUCUUGCUGUAAGAAGAGCAUGCUAUGGUGUUUUACGAUUCAUCAUGGAGAGUGGAGCCAAAGGCUGUGAAGUUGUCGUCUCUGGUAAACUGAGAGGACAGAGAGCCAAAUCCAUGAAGUUUGUUGAUGGUCUCAUGAUUCACAGUGGUGACCCAAUUAACGAAUAUGUCGACACAGCUGUAAGACACGUCCUUCUUAGACAAGGUGUACUUGGAAUCAAGGUAAAGAUUAUGUUACCAUGGGACCCAAGUGGUAAGAUCGGACCCAAGAAACCAUUGCCAGAUCAUGUUAGUAUUGUGGAACCUAAAGACGAAGUUGUUCCUUCAAGACCAUUCUCGGAGCAAAAGGGAAGCAAACCUACAGAACCAGGCCAGACACCUGUUGCAUUAUAAAAGUGAUGCAGAUCAAGUCAGAAAGACUGUAAAUAAAAAAAAGACUGAACAUAAA